AUGAGACGAUUUUUUAUUAAUAAUAUUCCAUUUGUUAAUGGCGGAUCACUUUUAUUAAGUGGUCAACAACAUAGUCAUUUAAAAAAGAGUCUAAGAUUAAAAGUUGGCAAUGUUAUUGAAGUAUUUGAUUCAAAUGGUCAAAACUGUCAAGCAACAAUUAUAGAUAUUGGUAAAAAUGAAACUAAAAUAAAAUUACAAUUAGAUAGUAAUAAAGCUUUAAAAAAAGAUAAUAAAAAUUCAAUAAUUAAUGAAAAUAGUAAUAAUAAUAAAGAAGAUAUUGAUGAAAUUAUAAAUAUGAAUAAUAAUAAUGAUAAUAAUAAUAUUGAUAUUAAUAUUAAUAUUGAUUUGGCAACAUCAUUACCAAAAAUACAGAGAGCUGAAUGGAUGAUAGAGAAACUAACAGAAAUUGGUGUAAAGAAUUUAUUCCUUUUAGAGAGUGAAUAUUCAAAAUCAUCACCAUCGUCAGGAUCAUUAACUUCAAAUAAACUUGAUAGAUUUGAACGUAUUAUCAUUGAAUCAUCAAAACAAUCAAAAAAUAACCAUUUAAUGAAUAUAAUACCACCACAACCAUAUAAACAAUUUUUAAAAGAUAAAUUUAAUAUUGAUACUAUAAAACAAUCAAAAUAUUCUCAUAUUUUUUUAUUUGAUCCAAAUGGUAAACCAUUACCAUUAAUUUUUAAUGAAAUUAAAGAAAAUAAUAAUAAUAAUGUUAGAGAUACAUUAAUUUUAAUUGGACCUGAAGGAGGUUUUACAAAUAAUGAAAUUAAUCAAUUACAACAAACUAUAGAUAAAAGAAAUGAUAGUAAUUUUUAUAUUUCAAAAUUAGGAAAUACAAUUUUACGUAUGGAAACUGCUGCAAUUGUAAAAAGUGAAUUAAUUUUAUCUGUAUAUAUGAAUGAUUACAUUCAUUUUUUUUAUUUUUUAUAUAAUUUUGUAUAUUUUUGA